AGCCCAUUUACGUCUGUAUUAAUCAUAUAUACCAGCGCGACACUGUUGGGCUGUUCUAAUGAGACCACGUUGCUGACACUUAUCUCAGGCUCUCCAGUUCUAGAAGAUUUAAUAUCAUCACUCAUCAGCACUACGUACCCUAAGAGAAACGUUUUACAAUUGCGCUCUCAUACGCUAAAGAGAAUCAAUGUCAAUGAGUUUAUUGAUGUUGUGAUUGAUGCACCUCUGCUCCAGUGUGUGAGGGCUAAGAUGUACUCAACAAAGAACUUUCAGAUCAUCAAUUCGGGUUUCCCUGCCAAACUAGAUAUUGAUUUCCUCUCUACUAGUGUGAGAUACCAUAAAAACGUCAUUCGAGAUAUCCUCAUCGAUAUUUCGAGGGUCAGGGAUCUAGUUAUUAGUAGUAAUACUUGGAAGGUAUACAUCUCAACGUUUGAGCAUAUUUAUUUAAAAAUAUUCCUCUACAAAAGUUUUUUUGUUCACUUAUGUUACCAGGAAUUCUUUCUGUACUCAAAGUCAAGACCAGUGCGUCAGUUUCGUUACCUCUCCCCUUUGAAAGCUAGAUUUUAUAUAUCUGAUCUUGAAAUGUUGCCAACCCUUCUUGAGAGCUGUCCAAAACUAGAAUCUCUCAUAUUGGAAAUGGUCAAGAAGCAAUCCAUGGGACGUCAUGAGGAGAAGAGAGAACCAAAUGUGAUGUUUUCAACAGUGCCUCGGUGUUUGGUAUCAUCGCUCAAGUUUGUGGAAUUGAAACGUUCAAUCCCAAGGUAUGAAGGAGAAAUGGAGCUAGGAAGAUAUUUCCUGACGAAUUCAACACUCCUGAAGAAAUUAAGGCUCAAUGUUCACUACACGAAGAAGGCAAAGUGUGCCUUCCUUACAGAACUCGUUGCAAUACCAAGAUGCUCUAGCACAUGUGAAGUCCUUGUUCUUUAAUUACUUGAAAGGUAUUGCUCAACUUUUCGUUUAAGGUUAAUCUUUUGGUCGUUAAAUUAGUUGAUUUUCGGAGGCUGUUAGGCUUAGAGCCACAUGUAAAUCACCAAUGAGCAUGUUUAUUUCGAAUUUGAUGGAUACUUCCACCAAGUCGCUGUCAAGUAUUUUGUAUUAUUUUGUAUACUGAUAAUUAUUUUCUAUUUAUGUCAUAAAAUGGUGCUCCCUAACAUUUCAGGCAUGUUAGCUUUGCAAGUUUUGUUGUUUGUAUUUUGGUUUGAGUUAAUUACGAGCUGGAUUGUUCUUCUUAAAUACUUUAUGGUUCUCCUCAAUAAUCUAUUCGUAGUCUCAUCAAAAACAAAUUCCAUAAAAAGGUACAGGUGUAAUUUUGGCGGCGGAAGUUCGUCGAUUACAGUGGUCGCCGCCGUAUGUAUUAAAUAAAUCUUUUUA